UGUUUGUGUCUGCUGUUUGUGUGUUGCAUAGCCGAGAGAAGAUGGAAAGGAGUAUCCGCAGCUAGCCAAGGAGGCUGGUCGCGAUGCCUUGCUCGAUGCUGGUCUGGAGUUUGAGCAAGUACAGCAGGCAGUGACAGGUUACGUGUUUGGUGAAUCAACGAAAGGUCAGCGUGCCGUGUAUGAGCUUGGCAUGACCGGAAUUCCCGUCUACAAUACUAACAACAACUGUGCCACAGGUUCAACGGCGUUAUAUCUCGCACAACAGCUGGUGGUCGGUGGCCAGGCCGAAUGUGUAAUGGCGCUCGGUUUUGAGAAAAUGCAGAAAGGAGCUCUACAGAUGGAAAGUAAUGGUGUAAAUCCUCUUGGUGUGCACAUCUCGUCAUUAGCAAACUUUGGUGGUUCACCCAUUACCCCAGUAACGCCGUGGAUGUUCGGUCUCGCUGCCAGAGAACAUAUGAAACAGUAUGGCACUACGAAAGAGCAGUUUGCACGUGUAGCCGAAAAGAAUCACAGACACUCAGCGAAUAAUCCCCGUGCUCAGUUCCAGAAGGUCUACACCCUGGAGGAGAUCAUGGAGUCCAAGGAGAUCUUCGACCCGCUCACGAAACUACAAUGUAGCCCUACAUCUGAUGGUGCAGCUGCAGCCAUUGUGUGUAGUAAGGACUUCGUCAAAGCACAUAACCUCGAAGACACGGCAGUCGAAAUCUCCGCCAUGAAGAUGGCAACGGACGUGACGAAAUCCUUCGAGAGUGCAUCAGGUAUCUGCGGCUAUCACAUGACGCAGAAAGCGACGCGGGAUGCUCUCGCCGAGGCCGAUGUCAAGGUGGAAGAUGUACAGGUCGUUGAGCUCCACGACUGCUUCUCUUCUAAUGAGCUGAUAACAUAUGAAGCGCUGGGUCUGUGCGGGGACGGCGAAGGUGGUAAACUGAUCGAUGAAGGCCAAGUUACGUUCGGUGGAAAGUGGGUCGUCAACCCAAGUGGCGGUCUCAUAUCUAAAGGACAUCCUCUUGGUGCUACCGGCUUGGCACAGUGUGCGGAGAUCUGCUGGCAGCUUCGUAAGGACGAGGAGGUGGAGAACAGACAAGUUGAAGGCGCUACCGUUGGCCUGCAGCACAACCUUGGACUUGGCGGUGCCUGCGUCGUAGGUGUCUACAAAAGAUAAACCCGCUCGUUGCCAUCACUCUAUCGUCGUUUCUGAACAAUUCUCAACCUAGCCCAUCACAGGCACAUGGAGAUUUAGUCCGCACGAGCGAGGCGAGGCAUAGUUCAGUGUGAUUUUUUAACGGGGUAGUUUUCUCACUCUCUCCCCACGAUCCCGCCCGCCGUAGCAGCCAGGUGGACUUCACGUGGCAGUCCACUGGAGUGGGCAUUGGCCUGCUCUGCCGCCAGUAUUGUCACCAUGACAACAUGGCGUUGCAUGACAACGAGUCACUGCGUUACUGCUCGUGGCCGAACCACUUUGACAACUGGAUCACAUGCCUUUUCUGCGCUGCAGUCCCCCAACCCAGUGUGUUCUUGUGCGUGCGCGCGUGUCUACGUGGGUGUGUGUGGGUGUGCGCACGCGCCCCCGUCUGUGUAUAUGUGUGUUAGCGUGCGUGCUGUAGAACGUUCUAGUUUCGUCAUCACUGGCACUUUUGCAGUGUUUAUGUACAUGUUCGGUGUAGAGCUGUUCGGUGUAGGGCUGCCGAUCUCCUGGCACUCAUCACAGCCCGCUGCAUGCUUAACCAGUUUUUGCAACAUUCUUACCUGUAGUUCGCUGUACGUACAGCGACCAUUGGCCUAAUGUGUGUUCGUUGUACAGCAGUUGUUUGGGGCACACAGUAUGCGUGCUGUCUGGCGUUUUCUUUGCUAGGAUUAUCGGUUCAACAGAUUUAGAUUUUCACUGGAAUACUUCUUUUGUGCAAUCAUGCUUCCUCGUU